CAUCAGACAGUCACAGCCAGCUACGCUAGCUGGCACAAGCAGCAUCUGCGAAAGGGGGAAAGCAACAUCACCAGCAGCAGAUAGCGCCAUGUCUGCUUAUAGGUGCCAAUGCCGACUUGUCGCAGCGCAGAUGUCGCAAUGUGCCAGAAAACCUAUCCAAUUACCGACGCUUCUCACCCAGCACCGACGCCUACACAUCACACCAACGCUUCGCUGCUCAUCUCAUGAUAAAGCCCCUUCAACGCAUACCAAUCCUCCUGUCUCAUCACAAGGGUCAUCUAAAAGUGAUUCAACGCCGAAUAAAGGGUUUAGCGCGUUGCGAAAUCUCAAGAAACGCGGGCAAAGUGCUGCAGCUGCGUCUCCCAAUGCGGCGGGACGAAUCGUCCUUGGCCAGAGCACCGAUCAGCCAAUUCGCACCAGGUUCGCACCAUCUCCGACAGGAUAUGUCCAUCUAGGCUCGCUGAGAACUGCACUCUUCAAUAACGUUGCUGCACGUGCGUCCAAAAACGGCGCUUUCAUUCUGCGUGUUGAAGACACCGAUCAAAACCGUGUUGUCCACGACGCAGAGGAAAGGCUACUAGAAGACCUUGCUUGGGCUGGCUUAAAAUGGGACGAAGGUCCUGACUGUGGUGGUCCCCAUGGGCCGUAUCGCCAGUCGGAACGGCUCCCCAUCUACAGAGAACACGUCAACGAGCUCAUUAACAAAGGCAACGCUUACCGCUGCUUCUGCACUCCAGAGCAACUCGAGUCACAGAAGAAGAAGCUUCACGAAGCUGGCCAGCCAACAGUUUAUCCUGGUACCUGUCGCUCUGUCGAUGAUGCUGAGUCGGAGCGCCGGGCUGCGAACGGCGAGCCCCAUGUUGUUCGCUUCCGCAGCGAUAAGUUUGGCCGCCCAAAGACACGAGACGCUAUCUACGGCCCGUUUCAAAAGAAGGAUGGCGAGGAGGACUUUGUUCUGAUCAAGUCAGAUGGCUAUCCAACGUACCACUUUGCUAACGUGAUUGACGAUCACUUGAUGCAAAUCACCCACGUCAUUCGUGGUGAAGAAUGGCUCAUCUCCACGCCCAAGCACGUUGCCUUAUAUGAAGCGUUCGGUUGGAAAGUUCCUACUUUUGCUCAUCUCGGCCUUCUUGUUAAUGAUGACGGCACCAAGCUCAGCAAGCGCAAUGCUAGCGCAAGUAUUUCACACUACAAAAACGGCGACGUUUUCCCAAUGUCUUUGCUGGCAUGGCUGGCAAAUCUUGGCUCUUCCUUUUCGGCGGGCACAAAACCGCCGAGAACUAUUCAAGAGGCAUCAGACGCACUCACGUUUAAAUUCACAAGAGGCGGCAUCAAAUUAAACUAUCCCAAGCUCGCCCACUACAACUCCAAAUACAGAGACCUACUGUUGAAACAGCCGCAUACAGCGCUCUCCGCCACUGAAACGCAAGUCCUCGAUCACCAUCUAAUCCAACCUACGCUUGCAGCGAUUCAUCUUGCCACUAAAGAAGGCACACCAGCUUGGCACGGGCAGGCACCGCUAGUUCUCAUUCCACAGCUCGCUGGAGAUCAGGCCGUUGCCUCGUCUUAUAUUCACAGUGUUUUGUAUAACCGUGACGGCGGCUUCCAAGAUGCUCAAACACUAAUAUCCCAACAUCCGUACCUCUUCUGGCGUGUACCCAACUCCGUGUACCAUAACUCCUUACAGAGUCACCAUGCCACUCUGGAUUCUCGCAUUAUAGAUGCUAUUGAAGAAGUGGUCUCCAAUCGGGAAUAUUGGGUGGACAGGGCAACAGUAAGCCCAGUCUCUGCGCUUCGCGAACGAUUGGAGCCCAAAGGUAUUGAGAGCACCACCAUCCAUAAUGUGUUGCGUCUAGUUGGUGCCGGAGGUAUUGACGUCGUUUCACAAAGCAGCGGGCGCAUGAUUAUGCUUCUGGGCCGUGACGAAUGGUGUCGGCGUCUGAACACCGUCCAGAAGAUCUUAGCAGAGCUGAAUUGAGGAAUUAGAUCAUAUAUGUAAUUUUUAAUGUCACAUGUAUUAGUACUAGGAAACAUGAUAGCGCGAGAAAAAGGUGUCUUCUUUUAAUAACAGGCUAGAUCCAAAAAGUCUUACAUGCCUAGUUGCCAUUACGUCAUAAAUAGUAUAAGAAAGGGGAAAAAACUGCUCAAGAAAAUACGGCAUUGCUGCCAUCGGUACCCAACUGUCCAGGCAUAACAGUUGUCCAAGAAAGAUGCGCUGGGAAAGAAAAGUGUAGCAAAGGAUAAGCCUUGUGAUACAAUGAACGGGCGCUGGAAUCCAAAGCGCAAUAGUAAACUCCGUGAUGAUUUUGACAAAGGAAAUAACAAACAAGGACCCAAGAGCGGGAGGGUUGUGCGAGAGCUUCAGCACCGCUGCAUCGGAUAGGUGGGGGGUAUAAGAUGGUUCAAGAGUACAAAAAGCAAAGGCUGCAAUCAAAGCAAAACAUGUAGAGCGAGUAUCUACACGUCAAAAAUCCAAACCUCAAUCUUUCCAACGUCGCUCUGCUGGCGCUUGGCAGCGUCGCGGGCGCUGUGAAGAGCCAUGUCGAGGUCGUCCUGAUCUCCCAUGGUGAUCAUGUCACCGUCAGGUAUAUCUUCAUCCUUGAUCUUGAUCUUAAAUCGGCGGCGCAAUGCAAACUUGUCGCGAAUUUUGUCUGAAAAGUCUUGGAACUCAAUGGCGGGACCGACAACAACAUACCGGACCUCUUCAUGGUGGACCUUGAUGCGAAACUUGUUGACCUCGAUAGGUCGGCGGGAAGCACCACGGGACGAGCUGACAGACCCGGUACCAGCGCGACGACCGGGACGGGGCAUCAUGUCAAAGUUUUCAUCAUCGAAGGAACCAUCUUCAUAGUCAGAGGCCAUGGGUUCUUCCUCAUCAAUGUACUGUUGACGAGGUUGACGACGGCGUGAUGCAGAUGCCUGGCGGCUGCCGCGAGAAUCUGCUGAUGAACGGGAACCACGACCGUAACGCUGGUUUUGGCCGCCAUAAGAGUCUUCGUAUCGAUCAUCUUCAGGGAUUGGUCUAGUGGGUCUGCGCUGGAGAGGAGCAGGUUGGAUGUCCUCUCGACUAGGAUAGGCCCUACCCGAGGUGGCAGACGAUGCUGAUCGGGUUGGGCGCGCACUGUUGGCUGAGGUUGCGCUGUCUUGGGGAGAAAUAGCCUUUUCAUACUUUCGGCUAGCCAUUUGUGUGUCGAGGUUAAGUCUAGCAGGAGGGGCUCUACCGCCACCGUUGCGUACUGACAUGCCGCGACUGGGGCCACGUUCCUCGGGAGGAGGGGUAGGCGGGAAGGCACCUCUGCUCAUGGGAGGAUCCGUUUGUUGACGUCGAGACUGGAUGUCAGUCUUGACUAGGUUGGUGGCAGCGAAGGAAAUGUUGUCGGCGGGACGGUCGUCUUUGCUUUCAGCUUUGGAGAGCUGCAUGGCAUUAGCAUAUACCGUUGGCAUGGGCGUGACUAAUUUACUUACAGAGUUCUUAAUCUCGGCACCAGCGAAGCCAGUAAAGGCAUUGGCUCGGUCCGAGGCCGCAACUAGACGGGCCUUUCCGAGGUAGUCCUUGGUCUUGAGAUUGCGGACCUUCGCAUCAUUCGGGCGGUAGACAACACCAACCGGGAUGGAGAAGACGGUGUAGCCUUCUGCUUCCUCACGGAUAGCCUCGUCGAUGACGUCGUGGUCCUCAACGACCUUUUCUUUGACAGCGUAGCCCAGAUCUUGCAUACCGGCAUCCUUUUGUUGGAGGUAGAUGUAGCAGAGGCCACGGUUGAAAAGAACCUCGCAUGAGUAGAGCUUGAAGAGAAGACCAAGCUGAGAAUAGUCGAUCAUAGUGUUGCCGCGAAGGUAGAGGAGGGUAUCGUUGAAGUUGGCGAGGGCCUCUUCAAAGUCCCCGAGAAGGAAAUUUGAGACGCCUUGUUGAAAGUAUGCGACAGCGAGG